AUGAACCGUGAUAACACUUGGGACAAUUGGCCUUCUCACUUGGUCUUGCCAAUGAUGCUGAUGCGCGAAAACAUGAAACAAUCCAUGCUCCAAACACUGAACCCAUGUUCCUUGGACCUAUCUCUCGCUUCUAGAGGCAGAUCCAGAGUCACGCAGGAGACUCCAGGAGGUGGCUUCGUCUGCGGUGACUGUGGAAGGACCUACAAACUGAAGAGCUCGCUGAGGAACCAUCAGAAGUGGGAGUGCGGCAAAGAGCCUCAAUUCAAAUGCCCUUAUUGCGUAUACAAGGCCAAACAAAAGAUGCAUAUGGCUAGGCAUUUAGAAAGGAUGCACAGGGAGAUUGAUUUUAGCGGGGUGAAAGGUGGGGUUAAGUCGGAAAUGAAGGCAGACGAUGAUGAUAGUCAGCCAAGGGAAGAGAGCAGUAAGGAGGAUAAUUGA